AUGGCGACUACAGAGGACAACAUUGAUAAAUUUGAGGAUUUAUUAACUUGUACCAUUUGUUUAGAGACAUUUACAGCACCUAAAUAUUUACCAUGUCUCCAUACAUUCUGCAAGACAUGCAUAAACACUUACAUUCUGUCUACCGUGGACAUGGGAAAAACUGGAACAACUUUUAAGUGUCCGAUUUGUCGACAGGAUGUAAUGAUGGAAGAAUCACCAGGUAACACAGAGACCUGGGCUGAAAAAUUACCAGGAAAUCAUUUUGUUGCUUCAAUGAUGUACAGGCAGGAAAUAAGAAAACGCGAAAAAAUGUGUGAUUCAUGUAAGGUGAAUAAUAAAUCUGAAAAAGCGAAGUCUUUGUGCACAGUAUGCGAUGAGGCAUUUUGCAGUUCUUGCGAAACAUACCACAAAUCAUUUAGAAUGACUGCAAAACACCCGAUUAUAUCCCUAGAGGACGUUGGAACCAAUGAAGAAACAGUGAUCGUGUCUUCGUUGAUAUUUUGCGAAGAACAUUCAGGGGAGGUAAUAAAGGCCUACUGUGUUGACCAUUCUAAACCAAUAUGUACAUUAUGUGCUACUUUAUCGCACAGGAAAUGUGAUGACGUAAUCACAAUCGAGAAGGCAGUUUCAGGCAUAAAAAAAUCUCAGAAAGCAAUGGAAUUGUCUACAGAACUUAAUGAUACGAGUAAACAAAUGUCCAAUUUGAUACGGGACAGAAAAAAACAUUUGACCGAUUUUGAAAAAGAGGUGGAAGCUAUUCUAACAAAGGUCAGUACCAUGAAAGAUAACAUUAUUGAGCAUCUGAACAAAAUUGAAGAACAAGUCAAGGACGAAAUAAUCAAAUCGAAGAAAAAAGCAGUUCUGAAACUUUCCCAAGAAUCAACAAAUCUUGAAAGUCUGAAGAGUACGGUUGCAUUGAUAACUGGAUUUCUAUAUAUGAUACUUGUUUACAUCAUGGGUCCGAACUGCAAUAUUUACUGGAAAUGA